AUGGACAGUACAGGCAGGUCCUCGUGUGGAAGGACUUGGACAACCCAAGGUCUCUGGCCCUUGAUCCUCGUGUGGAAGGACUUGGACAACCCAAGAUCUCUGGCCCUUGAUCCCACCAAAGGGUACAUGUACUGGACUGAGUGGGGAGGUAAACCCAGGAUUGUUCGAGCCUACAUGGAUGGCACAAACAGCAUCACUUUGGUGGACAAAGUGGGGCGUGCCAAUGACCUCACUAUUGAUUAUGUGGACCAAAGGCUCUACUGGACUGACUUAGACACAAGCAUGAUUGAGUCAUCAAAUAUGCUGGGACAAGAGCGAGAAAUCAUAGCAGAUGAUCUACCUCAUCCAUUUGGAUUAACCCAGUACAGUGACUACAUCUACUGGACAGACUGGAAUCUUCACAGCAUAGAAAGAGCAGACAAGACCAGUGGGAAGAACAGGACACUUAUUCAGGGCCAUCUGGAUUUUGUGAUGGAUAUAUUGGUCUUCCAUUCUUCUCGUCAGGACGGCUUGAAUGACUGUGUGCAGAAUAAUGGCCAUUGUGGUCACUUGUGCCUUGCCAUCCCAAAUGGAUUUAGGUGUGGCUGUGCUGCUCAUUACACCUUGGAUCCCAACAGCAGGAACUGUAGUUCUCCGGCCAGUUUCCUGUUAUUUAGCCAGAAAUCUGCCAUCAGCAGGAUGAUACCUGAUGAUCAGCAAAGCCCAGAUAUCAUCCUGCCUAUGCAUGGUCUGAGGAACGUCAAAGCUAUUGAUUAUGAUCCCUUAGAUAAAUUGAUCUACUGGGUGGAUGGUCGCCAGAAUAUUAUAAAAAGAGCCAAAGAUGAUGGCACCCAGCCUUUCACUGUAAUGAGUACCCCAAACCAAAGCCAGAACCCGGAGAAGCAGCCACACGACCUCAGCAUUGAUAUAUACAGCCACACCUUGUACUGGACCUGCGAGGCCACCAAUUCUGUCAACGUGCACCGGCUGAACGGCGAGUCCAUCGGGAUGGUGCUGCGAGGGGAGCACGACAGGCCCCGGGCCAUCGUGGUGAACGCGGAGCGAGGGUACAUGUACUUCACCAACAUGCAGGAGAGAGCUCCCAAGAUCGAGCGUGCAGCCCUGGAUGGCACUGAGAGAGAAGUGCUUUUCACAACUGGCUUGAUCCGACCGGUAGCGCUGGUGGUUGACAACAAACUUGGAAAGCUUUUCUGGGUGGAUGCAGAUCUGAAGCGCAUCGAAAGCUGUGACCUGUCAGGUGCCAACCGCGUGACCCUGGAGGACUCCAACAUUCUUCAGCCCAUGGGGCUCACUGUGCUGGGGAAUCACUUGUACUGGAUUGAUCGUCAGCAGCAGAUGAUUGAGAGAGUGGAGAAAGUGAAUGGCUACAAAAGGACUAGAAUUCAAGGCCGGAUUGCUCACCUAACAGGCAUUCAUGCUGUGGAGGAGCUUGAUAUGGAGGAAUUCUCUGUGCAUCCAUGCUCCCGUGACAAUGGUGGGUGUUCACACAUCUGCAUUGCCAAAGGGGAUGGAACUCCCAGAUGUUCAUGCCCUGAGCACCUUGUGCUUCUACAGAAUCUCUUAACAUGUGGAGAACCCCCAACUUGUUCCCCAGACCAGUUUACGUGUGCAACUGGAGAGAUUGACUGUAUCCCAAUGGCGUGGCGGUGUGAUGGGUUCCCUGAGUGUGAUGACCAGAGUGAUGAAGAUAGCUGCCCCAUCUGCUCUGCUUCCCAGUUCCAGUGUGAGAAGGGACAGUGCAUCGAUGCACACUUGCGGUGUAAUGGGGAAAUUGACUGUCAAGAUAAAUCUGAUGAAGCAGAUUGUGAUACGAUUUGUCUGCCCAACCAGUUCCGGUGUGCGAGCGGGCAGUGCAUCCUCCUGAAGCAGCAGUGUGACUCCUUCCCGGACUGCAUCGACGGCUCUGACGAGCUCGUGUGUGAAAAAUCAAAGCCAGCCUCGGAUGAGUCCCAACCCCACAGCAGUGCCAUUGGUCCUGUCAUUGGGAUAAUCCUGUCCCUUUUUGUCAUGGGAGGAAUGUACUUUGUUUGCCAGCGGGUGGUGUGCCAGCGCUACGCCGGGCCCAAUAGUCCUUUUCCACAUGAGUAUGUCAGCGGGACCCCUCACGUGCCUCUUAAUUUUAUCGCUCCAGGAAGUUCUCAGCAUGGCACUUUUACUGGCAUCUCUUGUGGAAAGUCCAUGAUUAGCUCCAUGAGUCUCAUGGGAGGAAGCAGUGGUGCCCCCUUGUAUGACAGAAACCAUGUUACUGGAGCAUCUUCAAGUAGCUCAUCCAGCACUAAAGCCACUUUCUACCCACAGAUUUUGAACCCACCUCCUUCCCCAGCUACUGAUCGCUCCUUAUACAAUGCAGAGAUGUUUUAUUCCUCAAACAUUCCUUCAAACACAAGAUCUUACAGGCCGUACCUCAUCCGAGGGAUCGCUCCGCCCACGACGCCGUGCAGCACAGAUGUGUGUGACAGUGACUAUACCACGAGCCGAUGGAAGGCCAACAAAUACUACAUAGAUUUAAAUUCAGACUCAGACCCUUAUCCCCCUCCACCCACACCUCGCAGUCAGUACAUGUCUGCAGAAGAAAGCUGCCCUCCAUCUCCUGCCACGGAACGAAGCUAUUUUCACCUCUACCCCCCUCCACCCUCUCCUUGUACAGACUCUUCAUGACCUCAACAGAAGGAACUUUUUCCUGUAAAUAUUUU